AUGCCUCGGCCGCCCAGAAGGAAGCCGAACACUGCCCGUAUGUUGAUGCCUCGGCGGACCAAAGGGAAGCCGAACACGGCCCGUAUGCUGAUGCCUCAGCCACCCAGAAGGAAGCCGAACACGGCCCGUAUGUUGAUGUCUCGGCCGCCCAGAAGGAAGCCGAAUACUGCCCAUGUUGAUGCCUCAGCCGCCCAGAAGGAAGCCGAAUACUGCCUGCAUGUUGAUGCCUCAGCCGCCCAGAAGGAAGCCGAACACGGCCUGCAUGUUGAUGCCUCGGCCGCCCAGAAGGAAGCCGAACACUGCCCAUAUGUUGAUGCCUCGGCCGCCCAGAAGGAAGCCGAACACGGCCCGUAUGUUGAUGCCUCGGCCGCCCAGAAGGAAGCCGAAUACUGCCCAUAUGUUGAUGCCUCGGCCGCCCAGAAGGAAGCCGAAUACUGCCUGCAUGUUGAUGCCUCGGCCGCCCAGAAGGAAGCCGAAUACUGCCCAUAUGUUGAUGCCUCGGCCGCCCAGAAGGAAGCCGAACACGGCCUGCAUGUUGAUGCCUCGGCCGCCCAGAAGGAAGCCGAACACUGCCCAUAUGUUGAUGCCUCGGCCACCCAGAAGGAAGCCGAACACGGCACGUAUGUUGAUGCCUCGGCCGCCCAGAAGGAAGCCGAAUACUGCCCAUAUGUUGAUGCCUCGGCCGCCCAGAAGGAAGCCGAAUACUGCCUGCAUGUUGAUGCCUCGGCCGCCCAGAAGGAAGCCGAACACUGCCUGUAUGUUGAUGCCUCGGCCAUCCAGAAGGAAGCCGAACACGGCCUGCAUGUUGAUGCCUCGGCCGCCCAGAAGGAAGCCGAAUACUGCUAUAAGGAAGCCGAACACGGCCUGUAUGUUGAUGCCUCGGCCGCCCAGAAGGAAGCCGAACACGGCCUGUAUGUUGAUGCCUCGGCCACCCAGAAGGAAGCCGAAUACUGCCUGUAUGUUGAUGCCUCGGCCACCCAGAAGGAAGCCGAAUACUGCCUGUAUGUUGAUGCCUCGGCCACCCAGAAGGAAGCCGAACGCUGCCCGUAUGUUGAUGCUUUGAUGCCAGUUGACGUCGAUCCGGUCUGUGGUAUUCCAGUGGUAACAUUUCUGGAGUUCAGUUAA